AUGUUCGGGCAGCAGCCUCGUUCGAAUUCGGAUUUUUGGAAGUUAGUUCAUCAAAGUGGUGUAGAUGAUGAAGAAGAUUUGCCGGCUCCUGUUGAAGAAUCAAAUUAUGAUUUAAUUGAUGAUAUUGAUAUUAAUACAAUUACUUUCGAUGCACUUAUCGAUGCUGACGUUGUUGAUCUUGUUCGUCAAGUAUCUGAUGAUGUUUCUUCUAUUUCAUUGAUUAAUACACUAUCAACACCAAAAGUAUCUUCAGCUAUAACAACAACAUCAACAAACCAUUCCACUAUUCGUAAAUCUGCUACAGAUCAUUAUUUAGCAACUGCCAAUAAAAAAAAUGAAAUUACAUCAAGAUUCUUUAAAGCUCGUUGCCAAUAA